AUGGCGUCCCAAUCAUCUACAGGUAAGUAUUUAAAUGUAGAUGUUCCUUAUAGUGGACUAUUUGCCCCAAAUCCGUUGAAAUACUUAGACCCCGAAAAAAUAACAGUGCGUGAUGUCGAUUUUGGAGGAUUUACGUACAAAGAGUUUCUUUUGUGGCUUAGGAAUUUAAUCAAUGGAAGUUGUGAUAAUGUGUACUACUGUAGUAGAAAGGAAACAUUGGGUGAGGGUAUUAUAAGAAUCGACAGUGAUGCUGAUUAUUGGGAGUUUGUUGAAGCUACUUAUACUCCUGAAGCUGAGCUGGAUGUCUACAUUGACCACCAAAAUGAUCCAAUCCUUGAUUGGGAUGAAAAUGAGGUGUUAUCAGAUGGUAAUGGGUAUGACUUGGAUGACAACGAAGAAGAGGAUGACAAUGAAGAAGAGGAUCACAAGGAAGAAGAGGAUGGCAGUGAUGAAGAUGAUAACUUGGAUGAUAUUAUGGCAUAUGAGCAUGAAGUUGAUGAAGAAGUCUAUACCUUUAACAAAACUGUUGGUGACGAUUUUUAA